ACACGAAAGUGAUUCGAAACUUCACAUCGCCAACUAUAAGGAAGAAUUAGAGAGUAUUAAAGAACGUCUUCACAAUGUUCCUAAUGUGUUGCCUUAUUAUGCCAUUAUUGAAACAGAGAGUUGUUUAUUUUUAACCCGCCAGUAUAUAUCUCAGACGUUGUAUGAGAGAAUGAGUACGCGACCAUUCCUUACUCUUAUCGAAAAAAAGUGGAUAGCUUUUCAAAUGCUUCAAGCAUUAAAAUUCUGUAAAGAUCGAGGAGUGCGGCACGGGGAUAUAAAAUCAGAAAACGUAUUGAUAACAAGUUGGAAUUGGGUCCUUCUAACAGACUUUGCUAUUUUCAAACCAACAUUUCUACGAAAGGACAACCCGGCUGCUUUUGCUUUUUUUUUUGAUACAUCUGGGCGGAGAACUUGCUGCAUCGCUCCAGAAAGAUUUUACAAUUCCUUAGAUUCAAGUGAGGGAGAAGGAAUGGGCGAGUAUCAAGAGGGCGAACUAACUUUUGCCAUGGACAUCUUCUCGCUCGGCUGUCUUCUAGCUGAACUUUUUAACGACGGGAUCCCUCUCUUUUCUUAUUCGCAGCUACUCGCUUACCAUGAUAACAAAUAUGAGCCCGAAAAUGCUCUUGGAUCUAUCUCUGACCCCCGCAUAAAAGAUCUAAUAGCUCACAUGGUACAACGAGAUCCACAGCAAAGGCUGGACGCUCAGGGCUACUUGCUGCGGUGGAGCAGUUCGGGGCUUUCGGAGGAAAUAAGUGCUGGUUUUCACGACUACUGCAACACUUUUAGCGCUUUUAGUCUGAAAGCGGAGGAAAAAAUUGAGCAGCUUGAGAUGCUUCUAGCGCCCCCAAUGCCUCAAGUGUUAGGGGAGCGGUACGAGGAAAAGCCUGCGCUCUUUUUUAACUGCGAGAGCCCGCUAGUGAUAGUCAUCGCCUUAAUUACUUCGCUCAUCCAGAGUGUUUCUCUUUCCUCUUCAAAAGUGAAGGCUUUGAAGAUGUUGAUGACGUUGGCUGACUGGGUAUGCGACGAGUAUCGCCUGGACCGGAUGCUACCUGCCGCUGUUUCGUUACUUUCCGACCCCGCCACCCUCGUCAGGGUUCAGUCUAUUAAGACAAUUACUAGACUCACAGAAUGCGUCCGGUCCGUCUCACUCGCCAACGCCAAUGUUUUUCCAGAGUAUAUAUUGGUUCAUCUUUCUGGUAUUGUCGGGAAGAAGGGCGACCAUGAGACGCUCGUCCGGAUCACCUACGCCGAGUGUAUCCCUACUCUUGCACGAACAGCUCUGCGGUUUUUGGAGGGCGUUCACGGAAGGCCAAGUUCGGCUCUCAACGAGGAUGACGUGGACCUGCAGCCGUUCGAGCAAGAUUUACACGAACUUCAAACCCUCUUCAAGGCGGAGAUCGUUGCGCUUCUACACGAUCCGGAGCCAGCGGUCCGUUGCACGCUUCUAAGCCGCAUGCCCUCUCUUUGUCAAUUUUUUGGAAAAGAUAAUAAUACUGCGCUUCUGCUAUCGCAUCUCUCGUGCUACUUGAACGAGAGCGACUGGCGACUUCGGCUGGCAUUGGUCAAUAGUUUGGCUACCAUUGCACCUUUUGUGGGCACGCACAGUAUACAGCAGUUUGUUCUUCCUCUUCUCAGCGAAGGACUUCACGACCUUGAAAACGAUGUAAUUGUUGCCGCUUUAGAAGCUUUAUGCUUUUUAUACGAAGCUACUUUUAUUGAAUACGGACAGCUUAAUAAGUUUGUUGCUGAAGUUGCGCCUCUUCUUAUACACUCCUCUGUUAGGAUUCGUCUAUCUGCUGCGAGGCUUAUCUCUUCUUUAGCACGUAACGCGGGGACUGCAAGGUCUUUUUGCUUUCUUCUUCUGGCCAUCCGACCAUUUUUAAAGAAUUGGGCCUUUCAUGCUCUACAGGACGAACAUCUACUUUUGAACGCACUCGCCUCUUGCAGAGGAAAACAGAUGAUACAGACUUUGACUUUGCGUAGUAGUACUUUACCCGGCUCACACAAGUUUAUUGUUCCUCAAACAAUGUUACCGAAACCGAAGUCUUUUAGUAGUUCUAUAAACAGCCCACACAAAUCUUCCCUGUCACCCGCCCUCAAAAGCAAGAACAACCCCACACCGCAGCGGGCCGGAAUUGGCACUGCCUCGUUUGCCCUAAACCAAAUUGUUAAAGAGACACACACCAAGUACGAUGGCCAAUCGGGGGCGCACCCUGUUAGAAGUGCAAUCCCUCAUGGCGUAGCAGCAGUUACUGCGCCCUCUGGCAACACGCCAGGAACACUUUUUACUACUUUGCUCGAUCAAACCUCUAGUGUAAAUGACUUAGAUGUCUCUAAAGAUAACAAGUUGGUUGCCGUGGCGAUGGACGAUGGCUCCAUACUGCUGUGGAACAGUGAAGGCUUAACUGAUUCCGCAUGCCAACUCCCGCAAAUUUUCUCAAGGACAAAUGAAAGAAUGGUCAAAACUAAGUUUUUUAACCAAUCUCGGAGCAUCGCAUUUGCAACAAGCACUGGAACCGUAGGCAUACUUAGCGUUGAUAGGGUUUCAGAAGGUAAUUCGGCGCUGUCCUGCCACACAAUUGAGGCUAAGGAAGUGGGCAAGCUGACAGACUUGCAUUGCGCUAACGCUGGCAAUUUGCAAGAUCUCCUCGUGUUUAGCACACUCUAUGGGCACGUGUACGGUUGGGACACGCGCUGCAAUCGCGUAGCGUGGAAUGUUAAGACAGAAUCCAGUGAAGGGGCCUUAAACUGCCUCGCAGUUGCAACAAACAAUUGUUGGAUGCUCUCUGGCUCCAGUAAAGGAUUUGCCACUCUCUGGGACCUUCGUUUUGGCCUCCCCGUAUCAAGUUGGACACAACCAUGCGGAGGGCCUAUUAACCACAUGGCCCAAUUCUACAAUCCGACUCUACCCGUAGCUGCAGUGGCCACAGAUUCGAUAGUCUACGUCUGGGACUUACUGUCUUUUAAGUGCACCCACCUAAUAACCGUGACGAGUGAUGCGAGCCAUCAUAAUAUAGAAAAAAAUUCUUUGUUGAAGAUCGUGGAAUUACUUAAGCGUAAAAGUGAUGCAAGCAAGAUGCGAGUGCUUUUGUGUCCACCCAAUUCCGACCACAUUAUCACUUGGAGCAGCGACUACUGCUUGCGGGCGUGGAACUUAAAAACGCCGUCCCGCUCGUACCAAAUAACUUCUCACUGCCCGUUAACGAAACCGUUAUACUGGACACGGAAUGCUCGUUCUUUUAAAAUUCUCGCCGAAUGCACCUUUCCUGCAGGCGACUACAUCUUUUCUAAACAUACCAGCGAGUGGGCGGAGAGUAUUUGUAAAGAGUCUGUGACUUCCUUGGCUUCUUUAACACUGGGCCAAACAAGGCUACUUAUAACUGGCUCAAAGGAAGGGGCGAAGUCCGAGUAACGCUUAAGGUCAAUAGUCUUCUCAAAGCCGUCAAGGAAUUCUUUAUAUAAACAGAAGACGUCUUAUCGGGUCUCACAAUAGAAGGCUAUUCACUUACUGCAGUAGAGUAGGUCGCCCUCCUGCUUAAGUCUCCUCAAUCCACAUAUUUGGCUGUAUAACAUCAUAGAACAGCUAAGAAAUAGUGUAAGGUAAGUACGUGCCCGUAUACGUUUGGCGGUACCUGAGUACCUUGCUUUCUUGAGUUUUUUGAGAUGCGAUAACUCAUUGAGAAUUUCUUGAGAGGUCAAGUUACUUUUAACUUUAGAUAGUUUUUGAUGUUCCUCCUUUAAUUGGUCAUGGAGAGACAACUUGGAGAGAAGGCUGGUCACAGAACUUAAGACAUCUCUGAAAUUUAACCUUUCUAAACGCUCGGUAGUGCCGCUCAACUCCACUUGGUUAUCGCCUUCAUCCUUAUAAGUUUUAUUGUAAAUCGCCUCUUCCUUUUCUGCAUCUAUU